AUGUCUAACCCAAACUCACUUGUGGCAAGAGUUCUCAAGAGUAAAUAUUUUGCAAAUGGGGAUUUUCUGCAUAGUAGUCUUGGGACUAGACCGUCAUACGCGUGGAGAAGUAUACUUCAUGGCAGAGACUUACUAUGCAAAGGACUGGUUCGAGAUAUUGGGAAUGGGGAGUCUUCUAAUGUAUGGUCUGUUAACUGGAUCAUUGACCCGUUACCUAGACCUCCCAACUACAGAACAGAUAGUGUUAUCGAUCUAACACUUAAAAUAUCUGACCUGCUACUUCUGCACUCCAGUUCAUGGGAUGUAGCACGAUUGAGACAUGCCUUUACGGACUAUGAUACAGAGAUUAUCCUCCGUCUGAAUCCAAAACUGUCUCAGGAAGAUGGGUACAAAUGGGGAUUUACCAAGGAUGGAGUGUAUACAUCUCGCAGCGGGUAUAAGUUUCUUGACUCUCUCCCUGAUGAGAAUGGUGAGCUUCAGCCGACAUUACCUCUGUUGGAGAAAAAACUCUGGUGCUCUUUGUGGAAGAUUAAAGCACCUGCAAAAAUUAAACACUUUCUCUGGAAAGCUCUAGCAGGUGCGGUGGCUGUCAUGGAUAGGCUACGUAGUAGAGGGAUUCAGAUCCUUAAUCACGCUGCCUCCUGCAAGUUUCUCGACCUCUAUCACCUCUUGAGUCAGAGCAGCAAGAACCCGAUGGACAACAGGAUUAAGGCGUUUCCUUGGAUCAUCUGGCACCUAUGGAAGGCGAGAAAUAAACUGGCAUUUGAGGGUUCUCAAUACUCUUCUGUUUCUGUCUUAUCUAAAGCCAAAGAGGAGGCUAAUGUAUGGUGGGAAAUCAAUUUUCCACAUGUGGAAGAACCUCCACCUCAGUUGCUGGAUCAGAGAGCUCGGAAUUCUUGGUCUAAACCCCCACCCGGCAUCUUGAAAUGCAAUUUUGGAGUUUCUUGGGUUAAUAACCAGUCCCCAUGUGGUGCAGCGUGGAUUCUCCAGGACGAUAAAGGCAAGACCAUUUUGCAUAGUAGAAGAUCACUACACAGUGUUGCCUCUGAAAGAGAAGCGGAAUUAUUAACUGUUCAAUGGGUGGUCGAUGACAUGAUCAAUACCCAUCAACAGCGAAUCAUCUUUGAAUCCUCGUGUGCGUUGGCAAGGGACACAUUCCUAAAUCCUAUGGAAUUUCGAGCACUAUUGCCUCUGACUAAUGACAUCAACUGUCGACUUCAUAUGCUGGAAGAUUGGAGCUUCCAACAUUGCGUGCAAGAUAAAAAUACCAUUGCCCAGGACAUAGCAGUGAGUGUAACUGCUGGUCACCGUUAUCAAUCAUAUAUUGCUUAUGGGGAACCGUCUUGGUUGUUAAAACGCAUUGCGUGUGAGGCAGAGGCUUAA